AUGAAAUGGAGAAAAGAUGCAAAAGAAGGAGCAGUUGUGGCUGGAGGUAAUGGUCAAGGAAGAAAUCUUAAUCAAUUGUCUAAUCCUCAAGGACUAUUUGUUGAUGAUUUGGGUCAAAUCUAUGUGGCAGAUAGUGGAAAUCAUCGAAUAAUGCGUUGGUGUGAAGGAAAAGAAGAAGGUGAAAUUAUUGUUGGUGGAAAUGGUCCAGGAAACCAGUCAAAUCAAUUGAAUUGCCCCUGUGGCUUAUGUUUUGAUGAUGAAGAAAAUCUUUAUGUCGCUGAUUUUAAUAAUCAUCGAAUUCAAAAAUUUGAAAUACUUUUGUAA